AUGAAAGCAGACUACAUUCUGCUUUGGCCAGUCCUACUUGGACUUGUCGGAGCAAACCCAAUUGCCUUGGAAGCUAUCUAUUCAGGAUCAACAACAACUGCGAAGUCCAAUAAUGUGAAAGCAAAGUCUAAAACUGGCACUUCCUCCACGAAAACGAAUACCAAUGCAGCGAGUACAGCAACAAGCUCGUGGCGUUUCCAGCACUCGGGCGACUGGGUGAACAUCCCAUGCAAUGGAAAAGAUACUGAUAUCACCGUUGGUACCUUCAUGGAUAAGUGGAACUCAGCAAAGGUGCCCACGGCUUGGUCUCAACUCUUCAACGACUUCAAAGCGUAUCGGGACCAAAACGAGAACAAAGCUGGUGGUGGCGGGCCGGUCAGACUGGACUCGUACUUGUGGAAUGCCUUCAGCAUCAACACUGAUCCUCAGUGCUCUGUGCAUGAUGCUCCUUGUGCUCCCCCAGAAUGUGGCAAGAAUCAGUUCCCCGCUGCCGCGGAAUACAUUCUUAGCUCGUUCUCUUAUCUUCACCAGGCUAUUACGACUGUCUGGGACUCCGUUAUUACCAACCAGAUCAUCUCUCAAGGAAACAUGUUGAAUUUCGUUCAAUCCUUCGCGGAGAGAAAGAACACCGCUGAUGAGAAGACCUUAAAGCUUAUUCUGGACAGUAUCACGUUUGUUCUUGGGCUAGGAUCUGCAGUGGUGUGGAAUGAUAUUCUCAAAGAGGCCAAGGUCUUUCCACAAUACCUGAACAAGGCUAAGGGCCAGAGAUUCCCGAAGAACGGGAAAGCACCUGAAGGCGCUAAGGGUUCCGAGGGCAAUUCUCGGUCAGUCUGGAAAGAUGUUUCGAGUGCAUCAAUUGCCUAUGCCAUGAUUAAUGGCAAGGAUAGCCUGUCCACCCCAGUCGACGCUAUCACCGAAAUCACGGGUAAAAUGGCGUGGUACGCCAGUAGCUACUUCAACUCAACCAUUAUUGGUAUCCAAAACCAGCUCACCGAUAUCAUGUGGGCCAACGAUACCAAGAACCGCGACAAAAUUGAUCAAAUGAUGGAGGGUGGUGGCAUGUUUAACAUGUCGGGUUUGACUGAUUCGAGUUGGUCUGACCUGCAAUUUGAUUUGAAGAGUUUAUUUUGGGGAAGUAUGCUUCCAGAGGUCUGGGAGAAUUCUGAAGAGCCUAUGAAUCCGUUCAUCUUACGACUAGGCCCCGAGCACUGGAAGUGCGGCGAUGAUGUCCAAGUUGGGGGUGGCACUGGACUGAAGGUCAGCUCUUGGAACCCUGGAAGGUAUAUGAACCCAGGAACCAAUGUUGGAACUCACUGGUGUGACAGUAGCGAUCUCUCCAAGUCUGCUACUUUCUGGCUUUUGAAUGCCAAUUACCCAAAAUGCAAGAGUUGCAUCAAUAAUGACUGGCAGCCAUUUACGGCGCUGAAAGGAGGUGACAAUGUCACGCUGGACGGUGAAAGAUGGGGAAUAUCGCUUGAGGAUAUCGUUGCUUCGAGCUAUGGGGGUUUCUUGAAGAAUGGUAAACGCAACGGCUAUUCACUUCAAUCCGGUGAUUCGGUUGUCGUCGACGAGGACUGGGAUUUGAUAGAUUAUGGAUGGCCUAUGCUCGGCAAUGUCCAGACUCCAGAUCCUGCGGAAGCGAAAGCAAACAUUAUGAACUUGGUUCAUCCUCCAUGUGGUGCACAACCGAAGGAUGUCGAGGACGUGUCCGGUGGAGAAAAUUCGGAUGGUUACGUCCCAGGGUGGUGCACGAUCCACAUCACUCAGUUCCAACCUGAUCAGUACAAGCAAGGAACCCACAAGGACUUUGAAUACAUCAAUCCGCUGAACGAAUACCAGAUAGCAGUCACCAUCAUGGGCGGCGACAAUACCCCUCUUGUUUACGCUACCAAGCAACCAGUUGACGGCUCUCUCCAAAUCGACAGCAAACUGCCUUAUCCCGUCAUCGUGCAAGACAGUUACAAAGGAUCCGACGGCAAAGACAUGCUCUCAUUCUGGUACAAUAAUCAGUGGUGGUUAGAAACCGAUCAACAACACCAAUGCAACAUCGGGGCAUUCGACAAUGGCAAGCGCGAAGGCUCCUGCGGGUUCACCUGCAAUAAUCCAGACCAAGAUCCGAAAAAAGAUCCUCCUCGCACUGCACCAGCAAACCCCGUCAAAGCAUUCGAGGGUACCGGGACACCACAAUCAUUUGGUAAUGCCAAAGACUAUACGAAGGGAAAGUGUGAGUUACACAUUCGACAGUACCAGCAGAAUGAGAUGAUCAAUGAUCUCAACGCUGGGACGUAUGCAUUGGAACUUACGCUGUACGAUAAUGAUGCUGCGCUCAUUGCGUAUACCGAGAAGACGAAUCGUGCGGGGGGUGACACGAAGAACACCGUUAAUAUCCAGGGUCCGCUGCAAUGGCUUAUUACUUGCUAUAGUGCGAAGGAUGAUUCGACGUCGCCGACUUGCAAGUAUGGGGCACAGGACCUUACGCCUAGUCAUGAAGAUUUCAAGAACGGGCUUCGAGAUUUUGGCGUCAAGUUCAAUUGUUAA